AUGGCAAAGUUAGUGUUUAUAUCGGGAUUUUGUUGCCUUGCAAUUGCCGUGCAGGCUGCUACUUAUAGAGAUGCACAAUUGCACAGAGUGGAGAGAUCACCGCACUAUGGAGUACACUACCACGAUAAUCAACCACUGUUUGCACCACCACCUUUUCCUCCCCCACCGCCACCUUUUAUUUACCGAACACAUAAUUGGAGUGGUGUAGGCCGUAGCAAUGGAGGAGUCUUCAGUGGCGCUGCCGCGUCUGCUCAAAGUGAAAUUCCAACUUCGAACGCAGCAUUUUCAUUGGCUGAAGCUGGUGCAGUCCAAGGCCAAUUUGAAGGACAAUCUGCUGAAAAUAAUGACAAUACGGGUUCUGUUGGUCUCAAAAACGCCGGUCACUAUAGUUCUAAAUCUUCAGAAUCGAUUUCUCGACAACUUGGAAGUGGUUCAGCUGAUUAUUUAAAGAGAAAAUCGGGGAAUAGUUACAGUGGUGGGUACUCAGGAUUAAAUAGUCAUAUAACUCGUGAUGAAUCAUCAACUUUUUCUGGUCAAUCAAACCUAAAUAGUGCAUCAAACGGCUAUGGUCAAGAAUCGAAUGGGGGCUAUGGCCAAUCUUCAAGUUUUAAUUCAGGCUACGCUGGAAAUAUUGGAGGGCACGGAAGUGGUUAUAAGAAAAACUUCAAAGAGUCUCGCUAUUCCGUUCAAAAUGGUGAGGGAAAUCAAUUUGAAUCUCAGCAAAACGGUGUCGGUAGAGACCAAAGAAACUUUGACGAAGGAAGGCUAUCCUAUUCCGGUGGAUUUAGCGGCUCGCAAGCUCAAUCUUCAUCUUCUGAAAACAGUGGCCAAUACGCUGCUUCUCAAGGAUCGGCGCAGAGCGGAUCAAAUGGUUAUGGAUAUGGAAACGUCAAUAGACGUUCAGAAGUUCGUGAUUAUGAAAAUCAGGCUGGUGGAAGUGAAACCUUUAAAUCACAACAGUUAAAUUCCACAGCAGGAUCCGAACAGUCCGCUGGAUAUAAUGCCGGGGUAGCUGGUCAAACAGCUCUGUCUAGUAGCAACCGUGGAGCAGGGUACGGUCAACAUCAAUCCGCCCUUCAUGGAGCUCUUGAGUUAGCCUCUCAAGGCUUACAAGCUGCCAAGAAUUCGGAAUGCAGUACGUGCCAGAAAAGUACUUAUGCUCUGAGUAAUGCCAAGAGUCACAGUGGGUCAGCAAUAGCGCUUUCUAUUGGAGGUUAAAUAAAUUAUUACAUGACAUAUAUUAAGAGUCCUGUCUGA